AUGAGGAAGCCCAUAAACAGGCGAUCCAGCCUUUCGGCCAACUUGAAAAUCGGCGACUACAAGAAAUGCUGCCUGACUCCCGAGGAGGAGGAAGUCUACAUCCCCUUCGCUCAGGAGAGGCUGGUCAAGCAAUGGGGGUCGAUGCACAACGUAGCAGACAGGGCCCAGGAACGCCAGAGCAUCCCUCCCCGCAGGAACCGCUACUUCCUGAACCUCAACGUCGGCGGGAAAUGCUUCCAGAUCGCAUGCAAAGUGGCCGCCAGGUACCCCGUCACCAGGAUCGGCCAGCUGGCCGUUGCCACCGACCCCAUGAAGAAGCUGCAGCUAUGUGACGACUACUCGGUCCCGAGGAACGAAUACUUCUUCGACCGCGACCCCCUCAUCUUCCACUACGUCUUCCACUUCUACCGCAGCGGCGUCAUGUGGAUCAUGCAGGAACUCUGCCCGGCCAACUUUGUGGAGGAGAUCGAGUACUGGGGAGUCCACAUGAAGUACGCCCAAAGGUGCUGCCGUAUCCUCUUUGAGGAGAAGCAGGACGAGAUGGCUGAAUACCUGAAGGUCCAACGGGAGCUGGAAGCAGAGCUGGAGCCGCUGGAGAGCGAGGUGAACUUUGAGGGCAUGUUCCUGGGCACGUUCCGGAAGGCCAUUUGGAACCUGGUGGAGAACCCGUUCUCCUCCAUCCCGGCCAAGAUCAUCGCCAUCAUGUCCAGCGUCUGCGUGCUGGUCUCCAUCGUGGGCAUGACGCUCAGCACGGUGGAAGAGAUGCAGCACAAGACCAGCAAGAAGUGCAUGGAGCGCGUAGAGACCGUCUGCGCCAUCUUCUUCACCCUGGAGUACCUGAUGAGGCUCAUCUCCGCCUCCUCGUGCCAGCAGUUCCUGCGGGCGGCCUUCAGCGCCAUCGACCUGGUCUCCAUCCUCCCUUUCUACAUCCAGCUCCUCUUCGAGAACCUGGGCGAGGGAGACACGGAAUACCACGAGGAGUUGCACAAGAUGCGCAGCGUCGGGAAGCUGGGGAAGGUCCUCAAGCUCAUCAAGCUCAUGCGCAUCUUCCGCAUCCUCAAGCUGGCGCGCCACUCCACGGGCCUGCGGGCUUUCGGCUUCACCAUCCGCCAGUGCUACCAGCAGGUCUGCUGCCUCCUCCUCUUCAUCGCCAUGGGGGUCUUCACCUUCUCGGCGCUGAUGCACUCCGUGGAGCACGACGUCCCCGGCACCAACUUCACCAGCAUCCCCAGUGCCUGGUGGUGGGCAGCGGUGAGUAGAGUGCCUCUGGUUACCUGCUCCACAGGUGGGGGAACCUCCAUUCUUGUGGGGGGUUCCGGUUUGGCCGUUUCCCCCAAACUACGCCCCGCUGCCAAUCACUAGGUGGCGUCAGCCGAUGGUCACGGGGUCUAACCCUGCUGGGUGCUGCUUCAAAGGUAGCCCCACGUAGAGCGCAUUGCAGUAGUCCAAGUGGGAGAUAACUAGAGCAUGCACCACUCUGGCAAGACAGUCCGCAGGCAGGUAGGGUCUUAGCCUGCGUACCAGCUGGAGCUGGUAGACAGCAGCCCUGGACAGAGAAUUAACCUGCACCUCUAUGGACAGCUGUGAGUCCAAAAUGACUCCCAGGCUGCGCACCUGGUCCUUCAGGGGCACAGUUACCCCAUUCAGGACCAGGGAGUCCCCCACAUCUGCCUGCCCCCUGUCCCCCUGUCCCCCCAAAACAGUACUUCUGUCUUGUCAGGAUUCAACCUCAGUCUGUUAGCCGCCAUCCAUCCUCCAACCGCCUCCAGGCACUCACACAGGACCUUCACUGCCUUCACUGCUUCUGAUUUAAAGGAGAGGCUAAAGGUCCCCGCCUCCCGCCCCCCCAGCCAUCAGUCUCCUCCUCUCCAGGGUUCCCCCCCCCCAAGCAAUCGGAGACUGUGCCUGCGUGCCUGUCUUUGCUCCUCUCACUUCAUGCCUCUGCUGGUUCUGGGACACAAAGGAGGAGGGGAGCUUGUCGCAGCAGGAGGGAGAGAGACCUGUGUCUCUUCACCAGGUUGACUCAUCUCUGCUUCUUGGCCUCCCUCCUCCUCUGCUUCAGCUUCUGCCUCUGAUUUUGGACUUAUCUCUGUCACAGACUCUUCCAGCUCACUGAACCCUGUUGCCUCUUCAGCUUCCAAACCUCCUCACAGUCUUCUCUGACCACUCACUGCUGUCCCACCCCCAAUCCCCAGGCUCUGAAACUUCUUCCCUUGCUGGAUCCUCCCAGCAUUCCUCUGCAUCCUACCAAUCCCUGACACCCUAAGCCUGUGGGUCACCUUUGACAUGGGUCAAUCAGGUGAUGGAUGAGUAGCCCUUGCCCACCCGUCUCAACCUCCCCCUGCUCCUGAUUUAAUCGUGUGGAAUCAGACCAUAAGCCCACCCAGCCUUGCCCCAGGUACAGGCAACACACGCUAUGCCCCUGCCAACUGCAGACCACAGCAAUCUGCUUGGUGCUUAAGGGAUGCUGAGCAAAACGGGUCUAGGGAUGCAGGUGGCGCAGUGGUCUAAACCACUGAGCCUGUUGGGCUUGCCAAUCGGAAGAUCGGCAGUUCGAGUCCGCAAACAGGGUGAGCUCCCAUUGCCCUGCUCCUGCCAACCUAGCAGUUCGAAAGCACACCAGUGCAAGUAGAUAAAUAGGUACCGCUGUGGCAGGAAGGUAAACGGCAUUUCUGUGGGCUUUGGUUUCCGUCACGGUGUCCCGUUACGCCAGAAGCGGCUUAGUCCUGCUGGCCACAUGACCAGGAAAGCUGUCUGUGGACAAACGCCGGCUCCCUCGGCCUGAAAAUGAUAUGAGCGCUGCAACCCCAGGGGUCCUUUACCUUUACCUAGUGGUCUGGCUCUGGUCUGUGUGAGCAGAAAAAGGCUUAGCUCACUGGGUGCUUAGGGCACGAGAUGGCAGGGAACAAACCAAGCUAAUUUGGGUGCAUUGUCUCAUAGAUUUGCAGGCUUGGAACGGAUCCCCAAGGGUAAAGGUAAAGGGACCCCUGACCAUUAGGUCCAGUCGUGACCGACUGGGGUUGCUGCGCUCAUCUCACUUUACUGGUCGAGGGAGCCGGUGUACAGCUUCCGGAUCAUGUGGCCAGCAUAACUAAGCCGCUUCUGGCGAACCAGAGCAGCGUACGGAAACGCCAUUUACCUUCCUGCCAGAGUGGUACCUAUUGAUCUACUUGUACCAGUGUGCUUUCGAACUGCUAGGUUGGCAGGAACUGGGACUGAACAACGGGAGCUCCCCCUGUCGCAGGGAUUCGAACCACCGACCUUCUGAUCGGCAAGUCCUAGGCUCUGUGGUUUAACCCACAGCGCCACCCGCGUCCCCAAGGGUACCAGGAAUCCGGGGACUUUCUGGCAUGCUCUCGAUGAGCCGCAAGGCAGGCGUGCAUCUUCGCUGCUUGCCAAUGAGGCCCAAUUCUGUUUCGGUUCUGUGUCAUUCUCUUCCUCCUCUCUAGGUCAGCCUCUCCACGGUGGGCUACGGGGACACCGUUCCGGACACAUUUCUGGGGCGUAUGGUGGCCUUUGGCUGCAUCUCCUUUGGCAUCAUCUUGAACGGCAUGCCCAUCUCCAUCCUCUACAACAAGUUCUCCGACUACUACGCCAAGCUGAAGUCCCACGAGAACGAGACCACCCUGUCGCUCAAGCUCUCGCGGAAGCUCAACCUCAAGACCAGAGCCUGGAGGAAGUUCAACGAGUGCUGCUGCGCUGAGUACAUCAUCCCUGGCCAGCAAGCCUCACAUCAGGCCCAUGCCCGCCACGGGUACCAUCCUGUCCAUCAGGGGCACCCCGUCACCCGCCAACCUGGGCACCCUCACCCCCAAAUGCCCCAUUCUCCCAUCCACUGCUCAGACCACCUCGCUCCCCAACCGCAUGCUCACCAUGCCCACCCAGAGGCUCUCAACACCCACCUUGCGCCACUGUCGGGGCGGCCCACCCCUCAGCCGUCGCCGCGGCCGCCCUCCAACGCCAGGCGAGGGAGCCAGUAG